AUGGCAGAUUUUGGGGGUCUUCCCAAGACAGAGAGCAGGUACACCGUGCAAGAUGUGGAAUAUCAACUACCCCCACAUUCAGGUCCAUCUAGGGCCAUAAUCCCUGACGAUGGACAGAUCGUUACCCAGCAUGAACGCCAAAGCCUGAUUCGGGGCCUGGGCCAGCGCCAUAUUCAGAUGAUUGCCAUUGCGGGUGCAAUUGGAACUGGUCUUUUCCUCGGUCUUGGUGGGUCAAUCGCUACUGGUGGUCCACUAGGUGCCCUGUUAGGCUACAUGUUGGUGGGUAUAGUCGUCUGCUGCAUUCAAUUUGCCCUGGGUGAAGUCGCAGCACUGCUCCCGGUUACUGGAUCCUUUGUCCGACAUGCAGAGGUCCUCGUCGACCCGGCGCUUUCAUUCGCGAUCGGAUGGAACGUUGUGUAUGGAUGCUUUAUCAGUGUUCCGAGUGAAAUUUCCGCCAGUGUAGUCCUGAUCCAGUACUGGACAGACAUCAACGCAGCUGUGUGGGUGACUAUCCUCAUCGUGGUCUCUGUGGUGGUCGCUAUUUCAUUCAUUCGCGUCUAUGGCGAGAUUGAGUUUAUCUUCGCCAUAUUGAAGAUCCUCCUCGUCAUCUUCGUGGUUAUUUUGGGCCUCGUUAUUGACCUUGGUGGUGUGCCCGGUGUUUCGCGAAAGGGAUUCCAUUACUGGAAAGAGCCUGGCCCGUUCGUUGAGUUCAUCGCCCAGGGUUCUUGGGGCCACUUCCUUGGCUUUUGGGCUGUCAUGACCAACGCUGUGUAUUCGUUCGCCGGCGUUGAAUCCCUCGCCAUGGCCGCUGCCGAAACGAAGAAUCCGCGGCAAAACAUCCCAAAGGCCUGUAAGAGGGUCUUUGUUCGUGUAUCCCUUUUCUAUCUCGCUGCCGUGCUCAUUGUGGGCAUGUUGGUUUCCAGUGCGGAUGAUCGUCUUGGUAACGACUCCGGUACCGCGGCAACGAGUCCGUUCGUUAUUGCUGCUGGUGAUGCAGGCAUCAAAGCCAUUCCAUCAGUUGUGAACGCUGUCUGCUUGACAUCUGCGUGGUCUGCUUCCAAUCAGAGUAUCUUGGCGGGAACAAGAACGCUCUAUGGUCUUGCCAUUAAAGGCCAUGCACCUAAGAUCUUCCUGCGGACUAGCAAGUGGGGAGUGCCGUACAUGUGUGUAUUGCUGCAGGUUCUUUUCUCUCUUCUCGCCUACAUGUGCGUCUCGAACGGUGCCAUGAAUGUUUUCUGGUGGUUCGUUGAUUUGACGGCUGCUGGUACCUUGAUCUCAUGGAUCACUAUCGCGCUGAACCAUAUUCGGCUGUUGCAAGCAAUGGACAAGCAGGGCAUUCCUGGUACUGCCUUGCCAUGGCACAAUCGGAUUACUAGAUACACUAGCUGGUUCGCGUUGAUCUCCUGCAUCAUCAUCCUACUGACCGGAGGAUUCGAGGUUUUCACGAAAGGAAACUGGGACCCGGCCUCAUUUGUGUCGUCGUAUCUUGACAUUCCUCUCGUUCUCCUUGCAUACGGGGGUUACAAACUAAUCCGUCGGACCGAGAUUAUACCACUUAGCCAGGUGCCAGUGCAGCUGGCGAUUGAUGAAGCAAACAAUGACCCGGACAAUGUGCCAAUCAAGAAAGACAGUGUGUGGGCAAAGAUGAACAUUCUUUGGGGAUGA